AUGGACGUGAGGAUAGAGAUCGAGCACCAUGAUGAGAACUCGUUCCACACCACCUACAAGGUGGAGAGAUACACCAAGUAUGCCAAGGACGUUGAGGCUAUGAUGAACGUCCACCUCACAAACGAGAACAUCUCCCACCGUGUCGUCACGAAUCCGGGGCCGCCGAAAGGGUUCGCACCCUUCUGGAAUUGCCGCGGCUGGUUCACGAGCAUCAAGGGGGAGAAGGUGCGCUACCCGCGCCUGGGCUCUUUCGAAGUGACUGUGCUCUUAUCCUCUGGCUUCGCACCACCAAGAUCCGGGCUCCCGGAUCGACUCCAGGUGUGGUCCAAGCUUAGUUCGCAACGCUGGCCGAACCCUGACACGCUUGCACAGAAGGUGGCCCGGAUUCUGGCGGCCGGCCGAGACUCGGACGACGUGUCCGGUGAGGUCAAGCAGAUGCACCAGCGGUGGACAUCGACCGCACGCACCGAGAAGCCGAAGCCUAUUCCUCAUCCUCCCAUGUUCUUUGGGCUCACCCCCCGAGGAGGCACGCCAACCCCUGUAGAGCGGCGGACGCCCGGCGGGGACAACCAGGAGAGUAUGAGCCGAAGCUGCUCCCCUCCUCCUCGCCCCGUCUCGGCGUUCUCCACCUAUGGCAGCACCACGAUUGGGGCUUCAACGACUUCCCCUCCCCGACCUUCGUCUGCACAGCAGCUGCGCUCACCCUCCUCGGGGCCUGCGGCGACGACGCAGGACUCCGGCAUGACGGCCUUGGAUCUCCCUGUCGCGACGGGCGGCGACAGCGAUCAGGAGCCGCCAUCUUUUCGGCCAGAGACGCCCCUAGAGUCUGCGGACCAUCCCAACCCGACGAGUCCUACGCCUCCGCCCGGCGGCUACGAGGAUGAUUUCGAGGAGCCUGCUCCUGCGCAGCCGGUGCCUGCCAUGCCAUGGCUAGCAGAGCCAGAGCCGGAUGAGCCGGCUUCGGCUCAGGAGCCAGAGCAGGCGAUUCCCGCAGAGCCCCAGUCAGACAAGAAUGCAGAGGACCUGGCAAGGAGGUUGCUUGAAAAGCACGGCCCUUCAGCCAACCUCAGAGCACUGCUUAGACGACCGGGACAACCCUUUGACGAGUCGGAGGGCCUCGACUUGGACAGCUUCAAAAUGAAGCUGUAUCAUCUCGGAGUGUUCUCCUUCACACCCUUUGAUUUUGCGGGUCUCUUUGAAGAGGUUUCGCGGAGAGAAGGCUCCACCUCGAAAGCUAGUUUAGGGGGCCUGCUGAGCAGUCUCAGUGAAUUCUGGCCCACGCCCCAAGAGGAAUCUGCGGAUCCGCCGCAGAACACCCAGGUGGCCAGCCCAAGCCCGACCCCAGCGGCACCAAGCCCUGCGAAACAGGAGGCUCCGCUGGGGGAGCCCGCACCGGCCCCGGCCACCGUCAAGUCGCAGCCUCCUGCAGAGGACCGGAGCGACUAUGGCUCAGACUUUGAGGAGGGCCCUCCUCCGGGACCCGAGCCGAGUCAGCCCCCGGCCGCUGUCGAAGCCGAGGCACAUGCAGUGAGCACUGGCCUUAGCCAGCCUGCACCGGUGGCCAAAGAGGAGAGGCACGAGUACGACUCAGACUAUGAAGAGUUUCUAUCAGAGCCGGCGCCUGCGGCGGCACAGCCGAGCGAGCCGCCCCCUGCAGCCAAAGCAGAGGAAAAGUACGAGUACGACUCGGACUAUGAAGAAUUCCUGUCAGCGCCGAAACCGGCGGCGGCAGAGCCCAGCCAGCCUCCAGCUGCAGCCAAAACAGAGGCACCUGCAGACGAACCCUCCGGCCGGAUGCCGCUGCAGCAUUAUGCAAGUGAGGAUUUCGAAGAGGACGAGUACUCCGAAGACGAGCCGAUUCCUGUUUCACCACCGAAACCCCAGCCCAUGGCUCCGCCUGGCGGCCCUGGCAUCAUGCCACCAGACGGCCCUCCCAUGAUGGGUGGGCCUCCAAUGAUGGGUGGCCCUCCAAUGAUGGGUGGCCCUCCCACGAUGGAUGGCCCUCCAAUGAUGGGUGGCCCUCCCAUGAUGGACGGCCCUCCAAUGAUGGGCGGCCCUCCACUGAUGGACAUGGACGCGGGUCCAAGGACGGCAAUGACCUACGACUACGAGGCACCUUGUGACGGGUGA